AUGGCUGGCACUGUGACCUCACUCUCGACCACUGUGGCCCCAGUGACAGGGACCACUGUAAAAACAGUAGCUGCUACCAGCACUCCAGGGAACGCUGUAACAUCACAGGGCACUCUCACAACUCUUGAACCAGAAGAGACUACCGAGGUGGAUGAGGUCACUACCAAUCAUAGUACAGAAGAUACCACCUCAUCUGAAACUGAAGAGCCAACUUCACCAGAAGUCACAGCCCCGGAGACUGAUAACACAACACCCAAGCUGGUGACUUCAACCACAGUGGAUAAGCCUACCUCCCCCACUUUGGAAACUACUACCGCUACAGGAGCCACCAGCACCACUCUGAGAACCACCACUACCUCAGGGACUAUCACUGCUGCGGCUGUAGGAGUCACCACCACUGCCACUACAGGAGCCACCACCACUGCCACUACAGGAGCCACCACCACUGCCACUACAGCAGCCACCACCACUGCCACUGCCACGUCUUCAGUCACUGAAGCCAUAACAUCUGAAGCUUCAACUGCAGAGUUUGAGGUCACUACUGAAUCAGCUACGGACAGUUCUGCCCUCCCUACAACAGAUGAAUCAUCCUCACCAGAGGAUGAAGUCACCAGUUCAACUGUUGACAACUCAACCCCUGAGCCAGAUUCCUUAGACCCAACAGAUAAAUCCACCACUGGGGCUGUAGGAGCUUCCACCACCACUGGGGGAACCACCAUCUCUACUCUAGGAUCUACCACAGGGACCACCACUACUACUCUGGGGACCACCACUACUGUUCCAGGGACUACUACCACCUCUCCAGGGACCACUACCACUGCAACCACAGGAGCCACCACCAUAUCUCUACAAGCUGCCACUACCACUGCAGGGGCCACCACUGCCUCUGUUGCCACAUCUUCAGCCACUCAGGCCACAACAUCUGCUGCUGCUGCCACAACCCAAAUAGCUUCAACCUCUAUUACUGAAGCUAGUACACUGACCACUGAGGAUAACACCAUUACAGAAUCUCCUGAAGCAACAACUGCUAUGGAUGAGGUCACUACUGAACCAGCUGAAGAGGAUACCACUUUCCUUGCAACAGAUGAAAUAACUUCACCAGAGCCUGAAGUUACCACCUCACUUGUUGAUGACUCAACUCCAGCAGAUGACUCUACCACUGAAGCUGUGGGAGCCACCACCACUGACACUACAGCAGCCACCACCACUGCCACUACAGCAGUCACCAUCACUGCCACUACAGCAUCCACCACCACUGCUCUGGGGACUACCACCACUGCCACUACAGGAGCCACCACCACUGCCACUACAGCAUCCACCACCACUGCUCCAGGGACUACCACCACUGCUACUACAGCAGCCACCACCACUGCCACUACAGCAGCCACCACCACUGCUCUGGGGACUACCACCACUGCCACUACAGGAGCUACCACCACUGCCACUACAGCAGCCACCACUACUGCCACUACAGGAGCCACCACCACUGCUCCAGAGACUACCACCACUGCCACUACAGGAGCCACCACCACUGCUCCAGGGACCACCACCACUGUCACUACAGGAGCCACCACCACUGCCACUACAGAAGCCACCACCACUGCUCCAGAGACUACCACCACUGCCACUACAGCAGCCACCACCACUGCUCCAGAGACUACCACCACUGCCACUACAGCAGCCACCACCACUGCUACUACAGAAGCCACCACCACUGCUCCAGAGACUACCACCACUGCCACUACAGAAGCUACCACCACUGCUCCAGAGACUACCACCACUGCCACUACAGGAGCCACCACCACUGCCACUACAGAAGCCACCACCACUGCUCUAGAGACUACCACCACUGCCACUACAGAAGCUACCACCACUGCUCCAGAGACUACCACCACUGCCACUACAGAAGCUACCACCACUGCUCCAGAGACUACCACCACUGCCACUACAGAAGCUACCACCACUGCUCCAGAGACUACCACCACUGCCACUACAGAAGCUACCACCACUGCUCCAGAGACUACCACCACUGCCACUACAGGAGCCACCACCACUGCCACUACAGAAGCCACCACCACUGCUCCAGAGACUACCACCACUGCCACUACAGAAGCCACCACCACUGCUCCAGAGACUACCACCACUGCCACUACAGGAGCCACCACCACUGCCACUACAGAAGCCACCACCACUGCUCCAGGGACUACCACCACUGCCACUACUGGAGCUACCACCACUGGCACUACAGAAGCUACCACCACAGUUCCAGACACCACCACUGCCUCUCUUGCCACAUCUUCAGCCACUCAGGCCACAACAUCUGCUGCUGCUGCCACAACCCCAAUAGCUUCAACCUCAAUCACUGAAGCCAGUACACUGACCACUGAGGAUAACACCAUUACAGAAUCUCCUGAAGCAACAACUGCUGUGGAUGAGGUCACUACUGAACCAGCUGGAGAAGAUACCACUCUCCUUACAACAGAGCCUGAUAUCACCACCUCAGAUGUUGUUGUCUCCACCCUAGAAGAGUCUACGUCCUCUCCUGCUGCUAUCACCACUUCUGCCACAGGAACCACAGCCACUCCAGAAGCUGCUGCUACCACUGCAACUGAGACCACAAGUGCUGUCUCUGAUACCACUAGCCUAUCAUCAGACUCUACAACGAUAGCUUCUGAGAUCACCAGCACAGAAGUGGACACCACAACUUCUGUUGUGGAUACUACCAAUACAGAGGAGACAACUUCAAACACAGAGGCCACCUCCCCAGAUGUCACCACUGAAAGUCCGACCACUGCAGAGAGUGAAACUGCCACUGCCGAUUCUGGUAUCAACACUGAUUCUGACCCUUCUGUCUCCUCCUCAGUGAAGAGCAGCAGUGAAACUCCUAGACUGAGAAGCUCUGAGGAGGGAGCUAUCACCAAUGCAGGUGCUUUUACGGUACUUGGGGGAAAUGAGGUCACUCGUGCAGAAGGGACCCCAGCAUGGGCUGAUGCCGCUCGGGGGGAUACGAAAGGCAAUGCCAUGGCACGUCCUGCUACUGCUUAUUUCCCAAACCCCGAGAACUUGGCUGAUGACUUCUCAGAAGAUUCUACUUUGACAGACGUCAGUAACUUCUCGGACACCGGCACAUAUGAGGAAGAAAGAGAGGGAGACAGCUUGGUGUUAGCUAAAGCUGCUUCCGGUGAGGUAGAAGAUAAUACGAUAAUAAUAGACAGCACAGAUCUCCUGGAGGAAGACGAUGCAGCCUUCAUGAAUGCCCUAGAACUAAUGAAGGAAGGUGAUAUUAUUGUGAUUGAUGGCCCAGAGUGGGAGGAAGACUACCUAGCAGAGGACCCUGUUGUCCCAAGGGAAGAUGGUAUAGAUUAUGCUCUUCUGAAGAUGGGCAAGACUUUUGCAGAUAGAGACACUGCUUUUGAGGAUGGUGUAAUUAUGUCUGCCAAAGCGGACACAGUAAUGAAGGCUGACAAAGUUAUUCUGGCAGAAGAAAACAUCCCAAAUGAUACCAACGUAAUAACCUUUACUUGGGAUGACAAUGACCUUAAAGCUGCCAAAGCAUAUGUACUGCCCUUAAUACCCAAUAGCAUCAACUCUGCUAUGAAUCCCACCAGCCUUGAAGAUGAAGCAAUUUCUGUUGCAAAGGGUACUCCAUCCUUUUCUAAUAAUAAACUUUCCCUUUGGCUGAGGACUCCAACCCAAGCAGCUCAUUUUAAAGCUCAAGAAGAUGAAGACACCAGCACUGUGGGGAAAAUAAACAACUCACAGAAGGGCACUCACACAGCGACUCCUGCCAUGGACCCUGUCCCUGUUGGUUUCAGGGAUGAUGCCGCUGAGUUUGUCACAAGCUCGAUUACAACAUCUGCCCUGCCAUUUCCAAAAGUAGCCAUUCCCAUGGAGGCUGAGGUGCCCGUUCUUUCAACGGAGAACAUCAAGGCCCACAAAGUACAUGACACCCUGACUCCUGCAGACAUCACUGCGCUCACAUAUAGUCCAAAUGGAUUUGAAGGCCCUGCUACGAAUUCUCCAUCUAGGAUCAUUACUAUUCCAAGUGAUAUAAGGCUUAGGGAAAACCACCAGACCAUUUUUUUUGGAGAAGAUGAUUCUGACACCGAAGCUGGCAAAACAGAUCUCCCAGAAGAUCCUGCCCACUGGAAGGAUGUGAAUCCUCGAACCGCAGAUGAUUCUGGCUUUACUGGAACUCCAGGUUUUACUCCAGCUCUAGAAAUGGUAGCCAAAGCUACCAAUGAUGUGCACUUCCUUCCAGAAAUUUCUAAUCAAAGAGUGAAAAAAACCCUUCCCUCUUCUGUUCCAGAUGCUCUGCUCAAUAUGGCAGAUACAAAGCCAUAUGCUAUGAAUAGCACUGACUCCAACAGGAAAGACAAGUCGCCCUGGGCUAAGAACAAAGACACAGCAGCUACUUACGAUCCUGCUGAACUGCAAGCAGCUGCUACAACGCCAGCAGUUGACCCCAGAACCCAAGCAGAUGGAACCAGAAGUGUUGGGCCUGAACUGAAACACUCUCAGUUUGGGACGGAUGCUAUGACUCCCUUUGCCAGUUCUGUGACUGAUGGCCUUCCGUAUGAGAGGGAAAAAGUCCCAACUGAGCCCAGGGCAACAGGAGCCACCACACAAGACACCAAAGCCACGUCCACUGUGGUUAAUGGCGCCAUCUUCCCCGAUAAAGACAAUAAUGCUGAAGGUGAUUUUAUCAUUGAUGGAGAAGGCACUGCUCUGUCCACAGGGGAUACCCCGCUAUGGAUAUCUGAAACUCUCUCUCCAUUGCCAGAUGUCACAGCUGAGGAAGCCCAACUAUCUGCCUUUGUGCAAGACUCCCUGCCUGAAGUUUCAAUGUUAGUAGCAUCAGAGGAACCGCAACUUGCGGUGGAAAAUACUGAGACCAUAAAUGAGGCUGCUGACCCCAGCGGGCAAAUCUCUGAAUAUCAGAAGAAUCGCUGGGCCCGCUCACCGGAGUCUAUACUUCUUACAGCUGACUCCCCACCUUAUGGCUUUUCUCCCACCAAGUCUGAACAUUCUUCCCCUAAGACAGUCUCUGCUUUCUCUCUGCCUGGGAAAGAGGCUCCAGCUAGCAUUUAUGGUCCCAGAGACAACUCCGAAAGGGUAGUCCGUGAAAGCACGCCUACAGAAGAGUCUUCUCACACAGGUGUGGCCGGGAUAGCAAAGGAAGAGCCUGCAAUUCAAAGUGAGGGAAACCCUCCACGUGGUACAGCCUCUAAUGACUUUGUGUCAGGCGAUAACGUCCCUAGAACUGGUAUGAGUGCCCCAAAUUCUAAAACAGUGACCGCCGGAAUCCUGAUGAAAGCAAUGCCUGGUGACGGAGAAAUGGCUUAUGCGAGGAAAAAAAGUGGAGACGCUAAAGAGGGAUCCUACCUACCUGUCAGGAGGGACUCGGGAAACACAAAGAAUCAUGACCCCGGCACUGGCUAUGCCCUUCCCUGGGGAGGCACAGACCCCUUUAACACGGAUAGUUCCCGCGUCAUCAGCACCACACCCAGGCAUGAAACACCUGCCUCUUCCAAGAAUGCCCCAAGAUCUAUGGCUCAUACGUUAGGAGGCUCCACCACAACCAUUGCUACUGGCAGCAAAAGCCAAGCAGAAGAACCUGGAGCAGCAGAUAUGGAAAUAGCCAGCCCCCAAAACAACAUGCUUCCGGUGACUUCCACCAGAAUUCCAGCAGCAGAGGGCAUUUCCUCUGUGAAAGAUGGUACAGAAAUUCCCACAGAUUGGACGGGAGUAGGUACUGUCCCCCGUGCAGCCAGGGCCUUUUCUCACAACACUGAAGCAGGAGAUAACCGGGCCAUUUCUGAAGGGAUCCCUUCUCUGUCCACAGGAUAUGGUAGUCAACCAUCAGCCAGUCACUUCCCCCUGAUAUCUGAUAAACUUCGCACAGUUCACCAUGCAAAAGAGGCUUCGGAAGGUGAUGUCAUUAGACUAGCCCCCCAAAGGAGGAAGAUAACUGCUGCAAAUCCAUCUACCACCAACAACCCCGAUAGCCCAAGCACCUCCACCGGAGCCGUGGCCAUCGCCUUUCCAAAUACCGACGCCACAGUUCAUGUCGUUGGGCCCAAAUAUGAAAUACUUAGAAAGGAAGACCCAGGAUUUGAACCUAAACUGACUCAUCAACCCGGGGUUGACCGCCCAACAAAGGAAGAUGAUGAGGGCACCCUCGAGGUAGUAGAUAUUAACCCCUCUCUCUCACGUGAUACCAUCCUGCAAGGUGACAAUCUCGCACCUCAGGAUUAUCUGACUGAUUCUGAAGAAGACUCAAACUUUGCACUUGAGCCAAAUGGAUUUCUGGCCCAUCAGGGAUAUUCCUGGGCUGAGGGAACAAAGUCUCUACCUGAAACAGCUGCUUCUGAGUUUGAAGAAAUUGUGGUUUUAGAAAAGGAUGGUCUGGCUGACCCUGAUACUGCCUUCGUUCUUCCUGAUAUUUCUUAUGAUCACAAUGCUCCAGAGAGAGCCAAGGCCCUCGUGGCAAGUAGCAGGGACCCUGCAUUGGCUUCUGCCAGAAAAGAAACUUCUGCCUUAAAAGAGAGAGACUCUUUUGAUGACCAAAUUUCCCAUAGAGAAGACCUCAGUGAAGUUUCUGGGACUGAGAGAAACAAGAUGCGAGAAGCAGCUCCUACUCCUGGGACUUUCUUUGCCUCUCCCGAAGCUGCCCACUCCAAUGAGGAGGCAAACACUGAGCCCUCGAUUAAAGUGGCAGGUACGAGGGACUUUCUGCCUACAAAGAGAAGCAUGCCAACUGCGUCCAAGACCACUGUUCUUCACGCCAGAUACGGUAACCCUGAAAAUGACUCCCCUGCUUCUGGGGCAGAUUCCACCCUGGUGUCCAUAGGUGACCCUGCUUUGCUAACACAUGUUCCUUUGAUCCUUAACUCUGAUGCCCUUGCUGGUAGGACCCAAGAAACUCUCCCUUUGAAGGAAACCUCAUUGGAUGAUGCCAACAGAACCGUGUUAGAGGCAUCAGGGCCUGCUGUUUCGAAAAAGCCUCUAGCUGUUCCUGGAGCUCCUGUCCCAGAAUGGAAUGUCGUCCGUGACCCUCGGGCCCUGCAGCUGGAAUCUACACUUCCUCCCGCUGACUCUUCUCUCUCGUCCAGGAACCCCGCCUAUACCGUCCCUGAUGUGGCUGGAGCAGUAAAAGAAGCCCCGGCCACCGAGGCAGCCUCCUCUGCUGAAAAGCACCCGUCUCCGAAGACAGCCAUGUCUACAGCUGCUGCCACUAAUCUGAGAGAAGACAAUGACUUUAUGAUUGGAGCUACAAGCUAUGACACUCAUCAUAUUCCCAGAGAGGACGAACAAGUAGCAUUUCACUGGAAGGAAGAGGAUGCCAGAGCAGAAGCAAAUGGUGUUCCUCAGGAAGAAAGUACUCCAGAUUCCUCACACUCUUCACCUUUUAUGUCAGGGAACGCUAUCCACGAAGGCAAAAAAUUAGAUACCCAGGAUGGCUCUAUUUCCCGCGAGGUCAGUAACAACCAUGUCCUCCUCACUGAUGCUGUCUACCCUUCCCCUGGAGAAACUAAGGCCGGCAGUGGUUCCAUUAGCCCCAGGGCUAACAAGUCGCACCGUGUAGGUGACUCGGCUGCUUGGACAGCUGAAGACAGCUGGAAGACUACAGCUUUCACAGCUGACACCAUCCCAGAUGGAAUGACCAAAAUGAGCCCCGAACAGAAAGGAGCCACAAAUGUGGAACACAAUGAUUCGGAAGCGGCAGACGAUCUAACUUUUCUGCCUCGGGUAUCCUACUUCUCAAGAGAAAGAAAACCUCAAAAAGAUGGUGAAGUUGAAACCGAUGUCGAUUCUCUGUUAGCCUCGGAGGACACAAAGCCCCUCGUGGCAGGCAGCACCGAUCCAGUCAUCACAGCCGCCCUCUCGGAAGAUAAAGAUAGCUCCGUGCUUGUCCCUGGAGACCACUCAACAGAGAGUGGAGCUGAUGGCCAGGCCCCUGAACGAGAGAAUCAAACUGCUGUGAUUGGAAUGGUUAAUUCCCAGAAUGCCAGACCUCCAGGGGCUUCUUUCACAAUUCCUGCAGAUGGCAGGACGCCCUAUUCAAAUAGAGGGAACAAACAUGUAAUAAUAGACUUGGCUGCAAAUGGAGCAACUCCACAGCCAGGGAAGGCCACUGCCACGUUGGUUAGGAACACUAUCCUUCCCUCUGGAGAAUUCGAACCUGGCAGUCAAUCUACUACUUCUGAAGCAGGAACUACAGCACUGUCCAUAGGAGGUAGCCCAUUACCAGCUCUCAGCAAUCCUCGCCUUGGGCACCUUGCUCCUUCUGAUAAAGCACAGAUAAAGCACCAUGGAAAAGAUGCGACACCAGGCCCUUUAGAAGUCCUAGAACCCGGGGACGGGAAGACUCUUCCUAAUGGUGCUGCCACUCUGGACUGGCCCCUCACUGAAACAGAACUAGACCUUCCUGCCUUGCCAUUGGUACCCACUCUUCCGCCAGACAAUCCCCACGCUUCUGUGCUCAAGCCCGUCUAUAAAAGGCAAGAUGCAGCUACUGCUAGAGAAGAAGACACCAGAAUAGCCGCGGGGCCCAUCAUCACUUCUCCCGCCAUCCCUAAGGCGGGUGUCGGAUUUAGGACCGAUCCCUCUAGUUAUCCGCUCGCCAAAGAGGAAUCUGCCUCCAAGGAGGACAGUGAAAUUCCCUUUGUAGAGGAACACGGCUCAGCAGAGGGAGAUGUUGUCUCUCUUGCAGAAGAAAAUGCCUCCAAUAAGGAUCUGAUGACCCUUGUCUGGGACAACAAUGCCUCUGCCUAUGUCACUGAGGAUUACACCACUGCCCCUGCAAGCCCCAUUAUAAAAAUGCCUAUAGUCACGACUGUGCCAUCUGAACUGGGGACUUAUGCAUCCUACAACAAGGCUGACAGUCUGUACUUCUCAUCUAAAACAAUUCCUGCCAAUCCUACACAAACAAACUCCACAGAAAGCAGCCAAACCAUUACUCUUGAGUAUGAACCACCUGACUCUGAGAUUCAUACCACCCUAUUGAAAUCUGUGGCUCCUAGGACAAUGGCUUAUUCCAGCCCUGGAAGUAAGAAAAUGUCUUCAGAUUUUCAAAAAACGGCCACUGUGGAGCAAGUCAAUAAAGUUGUAGAUGAUGCCACCACCUUUUUGCUAGAGACACCUAACCCAAGUGAGAAAAGAACUGAUUUUGCAAUAGUUCUACACCCAGACACUGGGUUCCCUAUGGAAGAGAGUAGGGUUUUCACAAUGGACAACUUUGGCUCUGCUGGGGAACCUGCCCCCAUCAAAAAUAAAGAUGUUUUUGACGUGAAGAAUAUCGCGACUGAUGCGUUUACUCCGGAAAGAAACACCAAGGUCACAGUGGCUGAAGCUCAAUAUGCCAAAAAUAACUUCAAACCUGAUCGGAAGGGAACAUUCACUUCCCAGGCCAGCACUAUUCCUUCAGUUCUGCUCACGUCCCCUGAAGCCGACGGGACGCCCAUGGAUGAAAACGUGGAAGUGGUAAGUGACGUGGUCGCCGCCGCAAACACGGCUGCUACAGAGAACGUUUCUUCCGCCGGUGCCCUUCCUGUUCGAGACGAUGACUCUCCCAUUCCUAGAGAAGAUGCCACCACGUCCCUAGGCAACAACCCCUUACCAACUCAUGAAAGUCCCAGCUUUCCUCUUGAUGCCAAGAGCGAUAGUGCCACAGCUUCGCUACAGGGGAGAAAUGAGGCCGGGCUGGACGAUCUAGUUAUGCCCUCAGAAGCCACAAAGACGGCAGUAGUUGAACAAAAGGAAACUUCUGUAGAGGACGACACAAACAGUGAACGUGAAAUAACCCACUUUACUAACGAGGCCAGUCCUACAGGGUCAGAAGACAAUGUAAUUCAGGUAGAAGAAAACCUUUCCUACAAAACCGAUUUAAUAGGAGGGGAUAAAUCUAAUUCUGAGAAUAAUUAUAUUCUUGAAGCAAAUGUAUCUGACCUUAACAGAGUGGUGAAUUCAUGCCUGAACGACAUAAAUGGACUUGAACCCAAAGCUUGCAGUAAUCCCAUUACCUUCAAGGAGAAAAAUGCCGAGGAUGAAUUUUAUGCUAAGAAUCUUCUAGCUGACAAAGUCCAAGUUCCUAUGGAGACCAUGACUAUGAAUGAUGUCAUCACUGAUGGAAUUAAAACAGCUCAGGAAGUCCCAACUGUUGAAGAGGGUAGCAGGGCUGGAGUUAAGAUGACUUCCUUUGAGUCUAACAUGCCUCACUCAGAGACAACAGCAGACACCCACAAGGGUGGUAAUUACAUUGCUUCCAAUUGGGAUUCCACCUUCACCAUAACAGAUCCCAGCAGCCUCAGGACUGAGAGCACUAGGCUGUCUGAGAAUAUCGCCUCCCCUGAAAACCAGGAAACAUCCAUCCCACGAGACACCGGAUUGUCUACUUAUGAUACUGUUGGGCCCGGAGCAGACUCUAUAAUCACUGCAACUAAUGCCACAUCAGAAGAAAAGGAGGAAAAUGGGGCGGCAGAAAGAGCCAAUUUGGAGAAUGAGGUUACUCUCACGUCCUCCUUCAUUAACCCUAAAGGGGCUGACAUUUCCUAUAAGAUUGAAGUCAUCGAUCCAGUAACUAACGCAGAUAUAUUGGAUGCCAUCAUAUCUGAAAAAGAAACCACUACAUCUAUGUUUUCAGCCUCUACCCUUUACACUGGACACAUUCCAUCUGAAGAUGCGUCCACCGCUCCUGUGUCCCUAGGUGAACCCACUUUACUAACAGAUGCCCUUGCUGGUAGGACCCAAGAAAAUCUCCCUUUGGAGGAAAUCUCAUUGGAUGAUGCCAACAGAACCGUGUUAGAGGCAUCAGGGCCUGCUGUUUCGAAAAAGCUUCUAGCUGUUCGUGAAGUUCCUACCCCAGAAUGGAACAUCAAACAUGCUCAAAGUGACCUUCAGGCCUUCCAGCUGGAAUCUAUACUCCCUCCCGCUGACUCUAUUCUCUUGUCCAGGAACCCCGCCUAUACCAUCCCUGACAUGGCUGGAGCAAUAAAAGAAGUCCCGGCCACCGAGUCAGCCUCCUCUGGUGAAAAGUACCCAUCUCUUAAGAGAGCUAUCUCUGCAGCUGCUACCAUCAAUCUGAGAGAAGACAAUGACUUUAUGAUUAGAGCCACCAGCUAUGACACUGAUAAUCCUUUAGGGGAGAUUCCAUCCGAUGAGCAAGAAGUAGUAUUUCAAAGAGAUGAAGAGGAUGCCUCGGCGGAAGGGGACAACGUUCUUCAGGAAGAAGAAAAUCCUCUCUAUACCAUCGACUUUCCGCCCUAUAUAACAAGUGGCAAUAUCCUAGAGGGCAACAAAUUAGCCUCUCAGGACUACUCUAUUUUUCCCAAGACAGAAGACGCCAAUUCUAUCUCUGAGGGCAGUAAAAUCACUGCUGACCUAUCCAAAUUUAUUUCUCAGCCAGCCAAUCCACAGAAUAGCCUACCCAUUACAACCUCCUUUUCGGUUCCUGGAGCAGACAGAAUUUCCUUUGGAAACCAAGCCUCUAAAACUCAAUUUUACUCAGAUUUACCAGGUGACAUGCCUUCUAUGGAGCAGACUGGCCCGAUGAUGGCCAAAGUGCCAACUCUUACUUCUUUAAGCAACAGAUCUGGAGAUGGCUUUUCCAUCCCUGGAAAGGGGACUGCUAAGGAUACCACACUGUCCAUGAACAGGAUCAGUAUUCUUGGAGAUGAAAUCACUACCGUAAAAGCUCAAGAUUCCCUCCUGGCAAGAGAUAGCUCUUUGGCUGAUCUGCACAUGGAAAAAUCACAUUUUUUAAAUGCAGUGACUAGUCAUUCCUUGCCCAUGAAUAAUCUUGACAUCAUCCUGGAAGAUUCAAUUGCUAAAACUACAAGUCACCUUCACGAUCACCUACUGGACGCUUCCACAGACUCUGCUGUCCCCAGCGCUAACUCCAUAUCUGCAGAACGUGGCCCAUCUACCGCUCAAGAGGAGAGCAACACUGAGAUGUCAUUUGAAGUCACUAGUCCUUCACCCGGGAGCCCUUCCCUUGCCAAAAAGCUCCCUGUGACUAGUGUUGCUGCCCUGGGAGCUGAAGAUUUUUCACCUCCUCAAGUCUAUUCCCCAACUCCCGCAACAGACAUUGCUAGAACCACGACAGACACAACCGUUUCCUCCACAGGCGAUAACACUACUUCUAACAUACACAUAGCUCUUACUUCGGAAGGAGGCCGUCUGACAACAAUGGAAGACUCCCCGUCGGAGAGUGAUUUCAUUACCACUGCUGUCAACCUCAUGACCACUUUUGGCUACUUCAUCAGCUCUGUGGCAGACAAACUUACUCUUCUGAAGGAAAUACCUACAUCGGACUUCGUCAAUGGGCUCUAUGGUAUUGAGACAUCUACCCAGGUGGCAGAAGGGAUCACUACUACGGCCAACCCUGCCAAGCUCUCUGCUGACGGUGUUCCUCUCCCUGAAAAGGAAGUCAUCGCCAGCGUACCUGAGGGCAUCAGCUCAAGUUCCGACAAUGCUUUUGAGAUGAAUGAUGAAGACGAGGACGAGGACGAGGACGAGGACGAGGACGAGGAUGCCAUAGACUCAGCAAAAGCAGCCUCUGAUUUUAUUGUGGAUGACCUCGAAGAAGAGAAAAUCAUUGAGUUUGACGGAACCCUCCCUUCAGAGGAAGAUGACCCCUAUGUCAUGGCUAAAGUAAAUGGCUUUAUACAAAAGGAUGACAUCAUGGAAGAGAUAGACACACUCAGUGUGGCUGAUUUGACUAACUCUGAGGGGGAAGACUUCACCAUAGGAGUUACUAGCCCCACACAAGAAGAUAUCGUUGAUGAUAAUAAUGAGCUUUGGAUGGAGGGAAAUCCUGAAGAUGAAUUGAAUGCCACCGCCCUUGUUCUUGGUGCUUCUAAAUCCAGAGAUCAUUCUGUUUCUGCUGCAUCAGAAGCCAAGAAUACUUGGGAAGAUAAAAACACUAUGAAAGCCUUCUUCACUCUACUGGUCGGUGGGCCAACUGAAUCUGUGACCAAUGGCACAGAUUCCUUCCCUGGAAAUCCCAAAGCAGGAAGCCCCACAGACCCUAGAGAAGAUGCCACAAUUAAAACUAACGUCACCAACCUAGAGGAAGAUGACUUACCUAGAAGGAAGAAGACAACCUAG